UUAUCAAUCAAGAAACAUUUUUCAAAUUAUUUUAUAUGAAUAUUUUUAGUUAAAUUAUAUUAAAAUGUCUGUUUUCGAUGGUGAAAUAGAAUUCAAGUCCGUGUACAUGGUCGACUACCCGAAGAAGGAUAAACCCAAGAGUCCUCGGCGACAGGCGGUAGAUGACAACUGCCUAAUUGUAGGCCUGGAGCGAGACUCGCUGAAGGCCCGGGAUCAGCCUAGGAAGAGCCCUGAUGUGCUGUGCCCUAUCAACUUCGAGUACUACAAGAAUGCCGUCAAACGGUUCAAAGAGGAUGAGCCGAAGCUAGUAGACAUGUACAUGUCCAAAGACAUCGACCCAGUUCCCAUCGACCACGAGAUACAGGACCUGAAACGCACAGAGUACCUCACGAAGUACUGCUCGCGAGAGCUCCCCUUCAUGUCAGUAAACCUGAUGCGCCGCGCACGCGCACUCCAAACCCUACGACUACCCGAUGAUGUCCACAUACCUGACACCACACAUACCGGAUCCUUUCGACAUCCAGCACCCGAAAAAUACAAGGAUCCACCCAAGACACAGUCUUUGAAACCGAAGUUUGACGAUUCCUUACAAAAAGACCUCCGCCGAAUCUUGCGUAUACGCACACCCGAGUCGUCUUACCAAGCGUGUCACGGCCUUCUCGGAAAAGUGAUACUGGAGAAAAAUCCGUUCGGCAAGCCAAGGAAGGAGCCCAAAUACGGCCUUUGGCGUACACCACAUUACUACACCUACUAUCACCUCUAGAGAAAUGUUUGCCUC